AUGCCAAAAGAUUCAGUACAUAACGUUGAAGAGGUAGCGAGGCUUGAUAAAUUCCUUCAAAAAGAUUGUAAAGAAGUGGGUAGAGUAUGUGAUGGUUUUGUUGUUUUUGGGAGGAUUUUGAGGUGGUGUUUUGGCCCAAAUGUUGUGACUUUGACUUCUCUGAUUAAAGGAUUGUGUAUGGAGAAUAGGAGUUCGGAGGCUACGAGGUUGUACAAGAAAAUGGCUAUGUUUGGGGUUAUGCCUAACGUGAUUAUGUAUUUUACUUUGAUUAACGAGUUGUGGCAUUCAGGGAAGGUAGAGGAAGCUAAUGGGAAGGGGAAGAUGGAGGAAGAUAAUAGGUUAGUGGAAUUGAUGAGUCAAAGAGGUUUGCAGCCUAAUAUGGUGACUUUUACUACAAUGAUAAAUGGGCUUUGCAAGGAGGGGAAGAUGGAGGAAGCUAAUGAGUUGAUGGAAUUAAUGAGUCAAAGAGGUUUGCAGCCUAAUGUGGUGACAUUUACUACAAUGAUUAAUGGGCUUUGCAAGGUGGGGAAGAUGGAAGAAGCUAAUGGGUUGAUGGAAUUGAUAAGUCAAAGAGGUUUGCAGCCUAAUGUGGUGACGUUCACUACAAUGAUAAGUGGGCUUUGCAAGGUGGGGAAGAUGGAU